GGGUGCUCGCGUGCACGCGCCCGGCCGCUCUCUCGCCUUCCUCCGCCUGAGCCCGGUUCCUCCGCGCGCGCCGCCGCGCAGAGAUAGGGCUUCGGGGAGCCCGGAGAGCAGACGAGCGACAGCGGGGGAGAGAGAAAGAUGGAGGUGAGGGUCGGGGAGAGACUCUUGUCUCUGGCCGUGCUGUGCGGCGUCCUGUGCGUGGAUCCGGUCCGUGGGAAAUACGUCAAAGGCGUCGUCAACACCAAAGAGGACUGGGUUUUCCUCACACGCUUCUGCUUUCUCACAGACUUUGGGCACCUGGAUUUCCGCUUUCGCUACCCGAAGUCUCGCUGCUGUCAGAACAUAUUGCUCUACUUUGAUGACAGUUCUCAGUGGCCAGCUGUGUACAAGAGGCCUGAGAAGAACUGCUACCAAAAGGAGGCGGUGCUGAGACCCGAGAACAACCAGGUCAUCAACCUCACCAAGCAGUACACGUGGUCCGGCUGUGUGGUGGAGGAAGACGGCAGCGACGAGGUGCUGAGCUGCGUGGGAGGUCGCAGCUUUCGCUCGGUGCGGGAGAGAUGGUGGUACAUCGCUCUGAGCAAAUGUGGGGGCGAUGGCCUGCAGCUGGAGUACGAGAUGAAGCUGACCAACGGCCAGUCCUUCUGGACGCAGCAUUUCUCCGCAGACGAGUUUGGAAUCUUGGAGACAGACAUCACCUUCCUGGUCAUCUUCUCCGCGGUUUUCCUCCUCUCCUGCUACUUCGCCUACAACCUGAAGGGAAGGCAGCUCCUUCACACAACUUACAAAAUGUUCAUGACGGCGGCAGGUGUGGAGGUGCUCAGCCUGUUGUUCCAUUGUGUCUACUGGGGCCUGUACGCUAGAGAUGGAGUUGGCAAUGGCAGCCUGAAAAUACUGGGGAAAUUACUGUUCUCUGUCAGUUUCCUGGUGUUCCUCCUGAUGCUCAUAUUGUUGGGCAAAGGUUUCACUGUCACCAGGGCAAGGAUCAGCCACAGCGGCUCGGUGAAGCUGAGCAUCUACAUGACGGUCUACACCAUCACCUACAUCAUCCUCUUCAUCUACGAGGCAGAGUUCUUCGACCCGGGCGAGGUGCUGUACGCCUACGACAGCCCCGCGGGCUACGGGCUGAUGGGCCUGCAGCUGCUGGCCUACGUGUGGUUCUGCUACGCCGUGCUGGUGUCUCUCAAGCACUACCCUGAGAAGCAGCCCUUCUACGUCCCGUUCUUCACCACCUACACGCUUUGGUUUUUCGCGGUGCCUGUGAUGGCUCUGAUCGCCAACUUCGGGAUUCCUCGCUGGGCUCGAGAGAAAAUCGUCAACGGCAUUCAGCUCGGCAUCCACCUCUACGCGCACAUCGUCUUCCUCAUUAUCACACGACCUUCAGCAGCCAAUAAGAAUUUCCCGUAUCACGUCCGGACGUCCCAGAUUGGGAUCCUGCUGUCCAGUCCAAAGGGAGGGGAGGGGGGCGAGAGUUUCCCCCAUCACGCUUAUGGAAACAGCUCCUUCCUCGGAGACUCCCAGCCUAAUUUCACUGAACUCUUCUCCAUCCAAUCAGACCAGGUGAAGACGGUGGAGGAGACGGUGGCCCGCAAAGGCCCGGCGGUGCCGAGGAACAGCGAGCAGAAGAUCAUCACCACCGCCGCUGAUCUGACCUCCAUCCUCCCCCCUCCUCCCCCUCCGAUACCCCCGCGUCCAGCCGCGCGCUCGCCGCCUCCUCCGCCGCGGCUCCCCUCAUUCACAGAGUACUUCAGCAUGCAGAGCGGAGGGGGAGCCGGGUACGGGACCAAGGCAUAAGAGGGAGAGAGAGAGAGACGGGAUGGACGAGGGCGAGCGGAGAGGUGGAGGAAGCGGACACGGCGAUAAUACAAAGUAAAGGAAGAGCCAGAUUAAAGAGGUUUGGAAGGACAGAGGGAAAUCAUCAGAAAAGUAAUAUCUCUAGCGGUCCCUUUUCACCUGUUAAUGGAAACGUCCUGAAUGAAGAAGUGAGGGCUAAAUGGCUGUGAGACAGGAGUGCUGAGCUUGUUAAAGAAUAAAGAAGCAAUAAAUAUUUGAUGUUGACCAGUAAAAGGCACACGGGGAGGAAAAUGACAAAGUGGAUGUAGCCAGAGCAAUAGAGUGAUGGUGCGUAGCAGUGCACCGCGCGGAAAUGAACAAAAUUCCUGAAAUACUUUUGUUCAAAAAUUCAUGAGGCAUCGAUGGCGUGCCUGGAAGACUUUGUAAAUAGCUCAAACUGGAGAAGGCUGUCGUUCUAUAUCACUUCAUGUCAAAGGAGGGUUGGCUUUUCCUUUUCUCAUAAUCCACAGUGGUGACAGCUGUGACCAUCAAAUCUCAUGCGACGCCCCAUACGUGUAUAAAGCUAAAAGAACACACGGAUGGGACUCGUUUUUAUAACGCAGAGGUUUGCUGCGUGUGGACUUUGUGGAGUGAUAGUUUGUAUUCUCUGCCUUGGUUGCAGCUGGUUACUCUGGAUUGAUGUACUGGUGUGUAAAUGUAAACGUCACCUUUACUGUGGGCACUUCUAGGAACUUGUAACACGCAUGUUUGUGUCGUACCUCCCAUUCAAAACGCUGAUCCAGUACGUACGCCAUGUGAUGCUACAGUAACCGCUUAUUGUGUGUAUUCAGAUCUGUACGUGUGUAAAUACAUACAAUAGGCUUUAGUUUAUUUCUGUCCGGAUGAACUCUAUUAAUUGUUGUUCCGAUCCGAAACCCUCUCGCCGUCGUCAGUCACACAAUGCGACAGCUUCUCUCUGGAGCGCAGAACAUGCCUGCUCAUAUGUUUGUGUAUGUAGACGUUGGUGAAUGUACUGAAACAAUUACAGCACAAGGACACGGGCGAUUUUCAUAAUACUGGAACAAUCCCAGACGAGUAAUUGGAUUGUUUUAUUUGCCUGCUUUUAAAACCCAAAGGUUUGACCCGUAAAAGAAGCAGAACGAAGCCCGGAGUCCUUCCGUUCCCCCGACACGGAGCCUUGUAGAUGAACUGUGAAAACAGCGACACAACUGUGCAUUUUGUCUGUCCUGCAUGGAGCACUUUAAUGUUCCUGGUCUUAGUCUGAUUAUUUGUGAUGUCACGUUAUAGGACUGCUUUGAAACCCGCAUACUCCAGACACACUCACCUGUAAAUACAGCCUGAAAACGUCAGCGGCCGCGUCGUGCUUCGUCGACCUAACAUUAAAUAGUCGCCGUUCAUGGUUCUAUUACUGUUGCCAUCGAAAUGGAGUUUACCACCAGCUUCCUACAAAUGACGGAGAGGACAGUAAUAAACUGAGCAGCUCUAUCCUGAACAUUUAUUUCUGGUCCUCCGCCAGUGGCAGUCUCACUGUAAAGGAGACUUUACGAUGUUGGGACAGUGGUGUUUAACUUAUAAGUGUAGUCAGAAGUGUAAUUAGUCUGUGAAACACAAUACUUGAACUAAGAGUACUUAUCGUUAUUCCUCAUUGUGACUGGUUAUAUUUGGCAUGUCUGCCAUUUUGUCUGCCGUUUCCUGCUAUAGUUGCCAUGACUUGACUGACAGACAGGAUUCCUCCGCGCUGUAUCAAUACUUCAUCCUUGUGUAUAUUGACAUUCAAUUACAGGCCCGAGGAGAGAACUCGCAGAAAGGAGAUUAUGUAUGCAUGACAGAAAACAGCACAGCUUUCAGGCUACUCAGAGCGACCUGGUUAAGAGCACAUCACUGAAGAACUCUUCUAAUGCAUUUAAUGGUGUCAAAUAACAAUUCUAAAUAUGCUGUACAUAUACACUUUUUGCCAAAAUAAUAAAAAAAUGUUUUUAUUAGA